UGUUGUGCAGGUUUCAAGUAAUUACUGCACGCUUCCUGAAGGGAACGGAAGAAGACUGUAAGGGGACCUUUUUUGUAGAACAACUAUAUAACACUACAACGUACUUUCGCGGAAAAUCGUACCUUUCUGAACUACAUCAUGCGAUUUAUGCGAGCGGCGAUAUGUUCUCUACCACUUAGUACAAUCGUGAAAGUUUAAACGCUUUACUCUUGCUCAUUCGCGAGUUUCCUUGCGAACAUUUUAUAAUGCAAACGACGAUUUACUUUUCUCCUAGAAUUUACAUAAAAUAUAUUAAAGGUUUUGAUUUUUACACUAAGCUAAUUUUAACUUCACUACCUAAUAUAGUCAACCGGUGCUUAUUUUGAAGUCCGAGACAGCUGUCUCGAUCGCUUUUUUACAAUCUGUAAAAAAACUUUAAGAAAGUAAAUCAAGGUAAUCUAACAUACUGCGAAGUUGGGCUGCAUCUUUUGAUAACUUCAGUAGUCUUUUAAAAACUAUUUAUUUCAGUUUGACUCUAAGCACUUGACCGAAAUGUAGUGCUGUUUGCGUCUGAAUUGUUUUAGCAUUUUGACGUUUGCCCUUUUUUUUAAACAAAAUUUAUUUUUGUGGAGGCAGAAAAUGAUUUCCUACGGCUUAUUUUAUCACAACGGUGACUUAAACUCGGGCAAGCUGCUCGGUUUGUCGCUUACCCUCUUGGCCCUAACAGCGGCAUGUCAUGUAAAACUCGGCAUGUAAAACUCUGCCGCUCGUGGAGACUCCCAGCAAGGAUUCAAACAGCUUUGGAUCUUUACUCAUGGACCUCAUGGACGAACCGCGCCGCUAUGUGGAGUCCAUGGUUGGCACCCACGCAGCUGAAACCUUUUUUGCGAAAACACUAGGGUACCUUGAAUCACUGUUUGGGCUAGAGAACGUUCAUACUGUUGUCAUGUUCAUGGAGAUGGUGCUGCGCUUCGUGGCAGAGGGUGCUGCCAGUGGACUCAACGUUAUUGCUGUCUAUAUGUCUGAGAUUCUCCGUGUGACUGGAGUAAGCGAUCCAGUGUCCAUCCCACACUUCACUCCUGAGGGUGUGUUCUUGGCUGCCAAGUGGGCACUGAUAGCAGCGAUUGGCUACUGGCUGCUGUGUGUUGUGCUGCGUGUUGCCAUAGUGCUGCUGAAGCGGGUGUUCUGGCUCCUGAAAGUGGUCGUGGUCGGAUGGCUCUUCAUUCGCAUCAUCGGUGAGCCGAGCGCCUCGCCCAACAUCACGAUGGUGCGGUUGACCCUGCUGGUGGUUUUCUGCGCAGUACUGAGCGUGGCCUUUGGAGCUGCUCGUGGGACAAGUUCACAGUGGAUGGAGAACCGCCUGAAGAACCUGGAGGGACGCGUCAAAGUGCUGGAGAAGACAGAACAGAGUGAUGACUAAAUACAAAGGACAUAUAUGGGAAAAAUGAAGAGGGACAGAGGAAAAGAGAGGAGAAGGCAGCAAGUGUGCUUUGAGUACCGUCAUAAAUAAUAAUCAUCAUCAUCAUCAUCAUCAUACAGCUUACUGGGUGUGUUACAGUGGAAAACUAUUUAAUUGUGCGUAUCAUCUUAUUUUCCAAAUAGUUCAAUUAUGUAAUUUUGGGCUCUUAAUAUCCAUUUAGUUUUUACACCUUUGUUUGUUUUAUUAAUUUAGCAAGAAACUCUAGUUCUGAAUUCAAAAAUGUUCUCCACAAAAACAGGUGCCCAACAUGUAAUCCAAGUGUGAAAAGUGAACCAGGACUUCAUAUUGUGCUUCUUUAGAAAUAUUUGAAAUUCCUAUGCACUGGAAAUAGAGGUUCAUUAUUUUUACCUUUGUCAUUUUCUUGUUUGAUAUCAGUGAUGCUCAGGUUUAAAGGGGGCAGAACUGAUAGACUGCAGCAGAUGCAGCAAACCAAUGCACUGUACAUAAAGGGAUGCUAUUGGGAUUCCUCAAUGGUUAGUUUAUACACACUAUAUUAGAUAGCAGCAGCCACCAGCGUACUUGGAACAGUGGCGAUUUGAGGCCUUAGUGUUGGGGAGAAUGUGCUCUACCUAAAAGGGGAAUCCAACCGAACAAACUGUUCCUACUCUCUCCCUCCAACACAUAGAUCACUCACAACACAGCUGUUUGUAUUAGUCUUUGAAAUGGUCAAAAUUGUGCUUAAUGUGCAAAAAUAAAAGUACACACAAGCCCAUAAAAA